AUGGCUGCGGAAGUUCAACCACCCGAGUUCGCGGCCUUCGCAGCGCACGUUCCAGACAUAAUCCGACCGAAGCCCCGCAGACUCAGCGAUGUUCGUAAUGUGGUCCCGUCAUCACCUCGACCUCCAGGGGAUGGGGCCCCUCCGACGAUAGAUUUCGCUAUCGAUUUGAACUGCGCGGAUCUUGAGAACGAUGUUUUCCGGGACGACGCCGAGGACUGUACGCCCCUGCGUCCCCUCCAAAAAAAUUCGGCGGGUGGCUCGGCACCUGCAUUGCAUAGAUCAUUCAGUAAACCCCGCCCCCUCACCCCACACGCAGCACCUCCUGCGAACACGCUCGUGGCUAAUCGCGAGAAGUUCGCCGGAGUUGACCUGAACGACUGUGAAAACGUAGAGACGAGGUGAGGAUCAGUACUGUCAGACGAACGCUGCUCCAAGCACGCGAUAUCCAAAAUGAAGGCGGGAUACGAUUACGGUGGUAUAUCGGGGAAUUCAUUCCUUGUCCAAACUUCCAGAACGGAAAACAGCAGUAGCGCGAGCAACACGGAUUCUCUGAGCUCCACCGAGAAAGGAGAAGUUCGGCGAAGACCAUUGCCUCAGCGAAUGAAGCAGAGAAGAAGAAAUAUUCUCAGUUUUCCACAGUCUUUGGAUUUGCUGCUGCAGCAACAAAAAACGAGAUAUGAUAGCUCGGGUCACGCAUCGAUGACGGAGAGCACCGCGAGCGAGUACGCGCUGUCGAAGGACAACGUCGAUUCCUUUGAUCCUGAGCAACUGAUGGAGAAGUUGACAAUCACCAGUGGGACCACCAGGAGCAUAAGAAGCGCGGUAUCGACUGACUCUGAAGAUCAAGCGACGCUCCCCGCUCCGAAGAAAGUCUCACCGCGCGUUGUUCAUCAAUCCAGCAUGGAAACUGUGGCCACGAAUCUGACCUCGAGCGCAGCUGAUGAAUUCGUUUGGCUCGAACCGUCGUAUCGCUUAGUGCAGCUGCAGCGAGCUCCAUGGGACGUCGCCACGGUACAGAGAAUCAUUGAAAACUCCACCAAACUCAAAGACGUUCUCCACCGCAUAGCGCAAGAUGCCAUUCCGAAGCUGGCUUUCUUGUUGCAAAGACCCCUGGUGAGAAUCGCACGAGAAGCUCAGCGUUUCGCUCGUGCUAUCGGCGUUUGCGGCAAAAGCGAGAUAACGGGAGCACUAUGGGUCGUCCUGUCGCCAUGGUUGGCCAACAACUGUGUCAAAGCGUGUCACCGAGCGGCAGCCAUUUUCGGUGGGGCUUCGUGUUCGCGCCAGUCGAAAUCGUCCCGGGCCGGACUGUUCUUCUCGGUUGGAUCCUUUCAUCGCUGGACAAUCGACGCCGGUCUAGCCCCUUUCAUACCGGAAAUGGCGGCGGUAUUUCUAGCGGCGGCCUUGGAGAAUCUCUUGGAAGAAGUCGUUUUCGCGUGUUUGAGAUGCUAUGAAACACUGACGGCAGCCUCGGUGGACUCGGCACUCUCUCAGAGCGGGGAUCUGUUCGGAUUAUUCCAAAGCUGCACUCAUCUCACCAUGUCCAGGUCCAGCACUGGGAUCCCGAUUCUGCCCAAAUGGCCGGUUCAGGUCCCUCAGAGAGGUGAUGAGCACUCGAUGCUGACGACAUGCGUCGCUAGCAUCGGCGAGCUCGAAGAACUUCUGCAGAAAGCCCUCCAUCUGCUCAAUAUGGCCAUGCGACCCGCUUGGGGUCAGCAAUUGGUGCGCUGGUCCUCGGCCGGAACGCGGGCCUUGUUCUACUACACGAGGUGCUCCCAGCUAGAGCAUUCCCAGUACGGACACCAAAGAACUAGUUCUUCUCUUUCGCCGGAACGCUCCCAACUCCUCCCGCCAAUCAUUGAAUGGGUUCGCGUCGCAUCCGCCUUCACCGUAUAUCGCCACCAGUCGUUCAUGGUCGAUGAGAAUGAUGUGCUGCAAGCUGCGCGGCUUUUGCUGCCCGGCGUUGACUGUCCACUGCGAGCCUUCGGGAUCCAGCAGGACCCAAUCGAGUUCUUACCGGAAAAAAUCAACGGUCCCGACGGCGUUCGCUUAUUGAACACUCGAACCGCCAUGCGACUCAUAGGGACCUCCACUCGCUUGGAUAUAAUCCACAGCGUUUUGAAGCAGGUUCCGAACGGAGUGAAUACGGUCAAUGAGGACGGACUGACAGCUCUGAUGAUAGCUGCGCUCCGAGGGGACGACGCGUCGAUAAAAUGUCUGAUAUCCGCUGGAGCCGAUCUGGAUCUGAGGACCCCGGGACAGACCGCACAGAGUCCCGGAGCUCGUUCAGAAUGUCAGUUUUGGACGGCGCUCACCUACGCGGUCGCUCAGGGCAAUAUCGGCGCCGCGAAAGCUCUCCUCGAAGCCGGAGCUCAGGUUGAGGCCGGAGGUGAAACUUUCCCGACAGAUACCCCGCUGCAGCUCGCCGUGGCAGCCGCUCAUAACGACAUGAUCACCUUGCUGUUGUCCUUCGGGGCCCAUCCAUACCUCAGCACGAUGACACCAGACAAUCAGUGCUAUGCCCAGGGUCUGGCCUCAUCCGGGACUCCGUCUCCGGUGGCUGUCGCUGCCGCUCACGGCCAUCGUUCAGUUCUCCACCGACUCAUAUCCCACCCGAUACACGGAUCGAGUCCUCAAGCAGCUGUUUCCCUGGAGGAAAUCCUGUCGGAAGGAAGCCAGAGUACACUGCAGCGGAAAACGAGACACUACAAGUUUUCGAAAAAUCAGUGGCGAUGUUUACAGGAGGCGAUGUAUCAUAGCGCGGAGAACGGUUUCCUGGAAAUCACCCUGGACCUCCGGAACAUGGGAGUUUCAUGGACGCUUCACAGCUGGAGCAAGUCGCUCAUGACGUGUCACAUGCAACAACAUGAAGCCGCCCUGAGCGAGAUCCUGCAGGACUUUCAGAUGACCUGGACUCAGGAGAGCUCUGCGUUGCUCGUGGACGAGACUUUCCCCCUGAUGUUCGAGCUGAUGGCUUGCAGCAAGAACGAUAAUGUCACCCUGACCAUAGUGAACAUCUUAUCCCAGUGCUUCGGGAGGGAGCCUCUGGAAUCAAUUCAGCUCCCCACAAACCGAUUACCUGGACCACGAAUCGAUCCAAGAUACGUCAAUUCUCCGGAAAUGGCUGAUGUUCGAUUUGUAGUUGAAGGGAAAUCAUUUUACGGACAUAGAAUUAUCCUGGUCAAUGCUUCUGAGCGUUUCAAGGAGAUGUUGGCAGGAGGGAGCAGUGACCAAGUCGUCACGAUCAAAGAUAUACGCUAUCCGAUCUUCCAAAUGAUCAUGGAGUAUCUUUAUAAAGGAGGAUUCGACGGGAUAGCGGUUUCGCCCCAGGACGCUCUCGAGCUCCUCACGGCUUCGACUUACUUUCAGCUGAUUCCUCUUGUAACCUACUGUGAGCACAUUUGCACCAAGACCAUCACCGUCGAGAAUAUCGUUUCCGUCUUCAUUCAUGCUCGUGUUUACCAUGCAUCGCACCUUCUCCGCUACUGUCUUGGCUUCAUGCUGCAGAAUCUUGUAUCUCUGAUGAGUUACGACAACAGUUUUCGAAAGCUGCUCACCAACCGCGAGGAUCACGGUGAUUUGCUCAAGAGACUCAAGUACGCUCUCCAAGUGAGAGUGCGACAGCGGGACGCUCAGAUCUCGUUGAUGUCGGGGAAAAGCCCGAUUGUCUGAAAGGAUCGGCAACUUGUAAAUCAAGUGUAUAUGGAACGCGGAUGAUCGCGAGGAAGCAACGGAAACGAGAAGAAU